CUCUCUUUCUCUCUCUCUCGCUGCUACUAGUUCUGUCCUCUCCACGAAGAUCCGAAGCUUAUAAACACAAAUCCGCUUCAAACUCUUAUUUUUAUCUUCCUCUUUUCAGUUUUCUCUCCAUAAUUAUUACUUCUCUUUCACAACAAUCCCAAAUUUUGCUUAUUAAGAAAAACCUACUCGUGAGAGAUUUGUUGGGUAGUUUUCUAGGGUUUCCUCCAAUUUUGCCGCUUGAUUUUGAUUCACGAUCGGGUUUUGAACAAACUCGGAUCCUUUUCAAGAAAAUAUUUAUUGCAAAUCGAGAGAAAGAGUGAGAGUGUGAGGCAAUUAGAAAAAAGCCAUGGAUUUCGAUUUGAACGGAGGAAACAAGCGAGUCUUCAAUCGACUCGGCGGCGGCGGCGGGUCGACUCGUCCGGCGCCACCAACUGACUCAAGGCAGAAGGUUUGUUUCCACUGGCGAGCGGGACGGUGCAAUCGGAACCCUUGCCCUUAUCUACACCGAGAAUUACCGGGUCCGGUUCCGAGUCAGGGUCCAGGCGGGUAUACGAACAAAAGGGUCGCUGAGGAAUCCGGUUUUGCCGGUCCGAGUCACCGGAGAGGACCUGGGUUUAACGGGAGCUCUAGUAAUAGCUGGGGGAGAUUUGGUGGGAACAGGACGGUGACGAAGACGGAGAAAGUUUGCAACUUUUGGGUCGAUGGGAACUGUACUUACGGCGAUAAGUGUAGGUACUUGCAUUGUUGGAGCAAAGGAGAUGGUUUCUCGUUGUUGACUCAGCUUGAUGGGCAUGAGAAGCUCGUGAGUGGGAUUGCUUUGCCUUCUGGAUCUGAUAAGCUUUACACUGGGAGUAAAGACGAGACGAUGCGUGUCUGGGAUUGUGCUUCUGGACAGUGUACGAGCGUACUCAAUCUUGGUGGGGAGGUUGGCUGUGUGAUUAGUGAAGGCCCUUGGCUAUUGGUUGGCAUGCCAAAUCUUGUUAAGGCGUGGAAUAUCGAAACCAAUGUCGACCAGAGUCUCACUGGACCUGUCGGCCAAGUGUAUUCUCUUGUUGUGGGUACAGAUCUACUAUUCGCUGGCACACAGGAUGGCUCUAUAUUGGCAUGGAGAUAUAAUGCUGCCACUAACUGCUUUGAACCGGCAGCGUCACUGAAUGGCCACACUCUUGCAGUUGUUACCUUAUAUGUGGGGGCAAACCGACUUUAUUCGGGCUCCAUGGAUAAAACUAUAAAAGUUUGGAGCCUGGAUAAUCUUCAGUGUAUACAAACGCUUACGGAUCAUACAUCAGUUGUGAUGUCUCUCAUUUGCUGGGAUCAGUUUCUUUUGUCUUGCUCAUUGGACAACACAGUCAAGAUAUGGGCUGCAACUGAAGGUGGCAACUUAGAAGUGACUUACACUCACAAAGAAGAACAUGGAGUGCUAGCUCUUUGUGGUGUACAUGAUGCAGAAGCCAAACCGGUUUUGUUAUGCUCUUGCAAUGAUAAUUCCUUGCGUCUCUACGACUUGCCAUCAUUUACGGAGAGGGGAAAAAUCUUUGCAAAGCAAGAGAUACGGUCAGUCCAGAUAGGUCCAGGGGGAAUAUUUUUCACCGGUGAUGGAACCGGUCAAGUAAAAGUAUGGAAAUGGUCCACUGCUCCAACCGUGCCAACGUCUUGAGAAUGUUCGAAAUCUUGUCAAGAGUUUCUUUCCUACGAUCUUCUUGUACCAUUAUAUAUGGGUCUACUGAGUUUUUUUCUCUUUCUUAUUGGUCCCUCCUAGUAAAGGCCAUGGUCUGGUGAGAUUGGGCAAAGUGGCCAAGAUUGUGCCAUGUUAGUAGUUUUGAGACAGGAUUGGGAGAAUUUUGGUCCCUGUUUUGUCCAAUUUCAGCACUCUCUCUGUCUUGUAAUGCUUGGAUUGGAAUUGUAUGAUCAGGGGUUGUCAGAAUAAAGG